AUGCUUUGUGCAGAUUCAAAAGAAAAGGAUGAAAUUCAGCUUCCCAAUAAAAUGAUUAGUAUGCUGCUGACAGAACUUCAAAAACUCAUUAUUUCAUACAAUUCAAUUAAAAAUCUCUCAUGCAGUCUCUUCGAAAGCACAACAAAGUUGGAAUUUCUUGAUUUACAAGGAAACAACCUCUCACAAAUCUGCUCCAGUCUAUUUAGUCAGUUGAAGAAUCUUCAUGAACUGAACCUUGGAUCUAAUGAAAUAAGCAAACUGCCAGCUGAUACUUUCAAACAACUGCAAAAUCUGAGCAUUCUCAAACUGGACAACAAUAACAUAAAUCAAAUAGUACCAGGAAGCUUUGACAGGCUAAAAAAUCUUACUGAACUAUCACUGGAUGGAAAUAAGUUAUGGCGGAUACUUAGGUAUACCUUUGAAAAUUUGACAUCCUUGAAAAAACUCACUCUUGUUAAGAACUCUAUUAAAGAGUUAAAUUCACAUAUUUUUUCAAAACUCAGUAAUCUUAGAUGGCUUGCCUUAGAAGGAAACCAAAUUACCACUCUUCCUGCUGGGACUUUUGAUGGACUGCAAAACUUAGUCAACCUAUUACUGGGAAGAAAUCAGCUGCAAACCAUUCCUAGGGGAAUUUUUUCUAACUUAAAUUAUUUAGAAACAUUAUUUUUGUCUUUUAACAAAAUUAAAAGCUUGGAAGACGAUGCUUUUGAAGGACUUGAGUCACUUACUCACCUUUAUCUGGAUAAUAACUGUCUUGAGGUUAUUCAGGGAAACACUUUUCAAAAUAUGACUAGUCUACUUGUUAUUAGUCUUCAUCACAACUUGCUAAGAAUGCUCCCAGAAGGUAUAUUUGAUCCCUUAAAUAAUCUAAUAUCAUUAAUUCUUCAUGGUAAUCAUUGGUGGUGUGACUGUUCUUUGUCUCAUUUUCUGAACUGGAUCAAAGACAACAGAGAUAUGACUCAGAUUUCUGAACUAAUUUGUCAAGGACCUGAACACCUCCAUGGAAAAUCAAUUGCUCUUUUGAGAAAUCGAGAGCUGGAUUGCCCUACAACCGAAAAUGUUCUAUACCGGUCAUUUAGAAUACAGGAGACAGCUCUCACGGAUGGUCCUGGCACUGAAAACAUUGUCCAGAGCAUCUGCAGGAGCUAUUCAGCCAGUAAUGGUAGUUUAAUUAUUCAUUGUGAGAUGAUGGUUUGUUCAAGCAUUAAUAUAAUUGUUUCUACAAUGGACACAUUCAGUACAACAACAUCAAGUCACAACCACACAAAAGAUGGUUCUAAAUGUGAAGCCACGAGCCUGAAAUUCACUAUUACAUCUGAAUAAUCUUUCAAAUGUUAUGAAUAUUAAGUUUUUUUUUAACUUUCUAUCUGUGAAGUUUAUCUCAUAAUAUACACAAAGCAACCAGGUGAUACAAGACAUUUGAAUUAUAUUAUACAUCACACAAAUAUUCCUGAUACAUAUAAAUCUGACACAUUGCUUUAUCAUAAUGUAAAUCUUUACACUUUACUUUUUAGAUGUGAAUUUUAUCUGAUAAUAUACACAACUUAAAGUGCGAUCACUAACUAAAUAGAUGUGAUGUAUCACCAUAGAAAAAACAUUAGACUGAAUGUGAGGUUAACCUAGGCUAUAGUAUACAUGUCCUGGCUGUUUCCAUACAUUUUUCCAUUAUGUUAGGAUAUACAGAAAUUUCAUCAACUUUAUGGAAAAGAUUAUUUAACCAAGCAGUUUACUUAGUUAGCAAUGCAGUUUGUGGUUUUUAAUGGGAGUCAAUUGAAUAUGUAUAUAACUGUACAGGCAUAUGUGUGGGGGAAGGGUUGGACAGUAGAAAACCCCUGUGCAAAAAUACUAUGUGGACCCUUUUCUUUUAAAACAGUUCAUUUGUCAAGAUUAAGGGCUUCAUCAUAGUUCUCCUUGAACCUUACUAUGCCUCUAGUAAAUCCUUCAUCUAAUGGUUCAGUAAUUUUGAGACCUGGUGCCCUGUUUUAUAGUGGCAAGGGACUUCCUUGCCUAUUGAGCUGCACAGUCUGCACCAAUGAUUUGUCUGUUCCAGUCUGUUUCAAAUGUUCAUGCUGAAUGCUAUCUACAGAGGUGUGAACCUAGCCUAACCUGGAAGUUAAAAUGGUAAAACAUGAAAACAUUAACUACAUAGGAAAAUAUUGUAGGAAGGAAAGGAAAUAAAAAAGAUAGGUAUCUGUCGUACGUUAUAUGAUACAUGUGUCCUUAGAAUAACAUGAUGGAGAGGUUUUAUUUGAAUAAAAAGCAAUGCAUGAUCAAAAAAGA